AUGGCCAACUUCGACGUUACUAAAGCAAUAUUCGCUCAAGCAGAUACCAAUAACGAUGGACGAAUCGAUCGAAAUGAAUUUCAAAAUUGGGCAAGCGGCGGUUUCACUGGUGCCUCAACAGGAGGUAUAACUUCAUCCACAUAUGAGUCGUCACUGCAAACGAAUACGGCUGGCAUUGAUGCAUCACAAGUCCUUGCUGCUAGUGGUAGUGCUGGUAUAACUGGCCAAUCGUCAGCUAGUGGAUAUGAAGCAUCGUACAGUUCACACAGUGGUAUUGAAACUGCUGGUGUUACACAGUUGAAUGGAAAUGCAACUGCAUCAGCUUCAUCGAUUGAAUUUGCUCAAGGUGGAAGUGCAGCAUUAGAGUCAAGCAGUGUGCAUCAAACAGCGCAAUUUACAUCGGCUGCUGGCCUUUUCAACGAUCCAAAUCCACAAAUUAUUCGACGAGCAGCUACUAGUGGCGCUGUUACCUAUCAACAGAAAAUUCUUGUUCGAUUCCUUCAGCCACCAGCUGUACCACCACCAGGCCCACUCAUUAUCAAAGAAGUGCGUCCACCUCAGCCCCCUCCACCACCACCUCUCGUCGUACGUCAACGCGCACCACCUGCUCCUCAGCCUCCUCCACUUAUCUUGCGUGAACGUCCGCCACCAGUACCUGCAGCUGUUGCUAGCCAAACAGUGGUUCGUCAUUUGGCCGCAAUACCUGUUCCACCGCGAUCAGUUAUUAUUGAGCGACUUCCAGCUCUUCCACCUAGGCCACGCGAUAUUAUUAUUGAACGAUGGGUUCCAUACGGAGCUACGGCAAAACGUCGUACAAUUGUUCAACGUGCUGCUGCUGCUAAAGAAUAUCCUAAACCACGCAAUAUCAUUAUUCAGUACGAAGCACCACAAGUUCGAAUUGUUCGACAAUUCGAACGACUUGGUGUCACACAGGAAAAUCCUCAGGCCUACGUAGCGCGCUAUGGUGCUUCACUUCUGGAUGCUGGUACACUUGUUCAACAAGCUCGUGCAGCUGGUGUCGUUGAAGACAUUUCUCCUCCAGCAGGUGUUGCUUCUCUUUCCACACAAUUCACCGCCUCAGCUUCUAGUGCAGAAGCUGGAUUCAAUUAUUCGAGUUCAUCGACCAGAGAAGCAGCAGGUUUUGGAGGACUUCAAAUUGCUGGCGAUGCUGGUGCUAGCGCAAGCGGUAUUGAACUUGCUAGUGGUGGUGCAACUGACCUUGCUGCUACUGGCGGAAGCUAUUCAUCCGAAUCUUUCUCGACAACGUCAGGUAGUUAUGGUAUCGAAGGAAUUACCACUGCCAGCGUCGAUCCUAUUGCCGCUACUUUUGCUGCUGCCGAUACUAACAAAGAUGGUACAUUGGAUCCAAAUGAAUUUCGACGAUUUGUACAAGGCGGUCUUUAA